ACAUCUGUGUACUAGCGUCAAAGAAGUGAAGUUGAGUUUGUCUUAACAGUCAGCGUCGUCACUGGGUCUUUGUUAAUCAUCUUGAUUCAAAAUAAAAAAUGGACUCUGACGAUGAAUCCCUCAAUCUCGUACAAACAUGCGGGUUAUGUGAAAUGAUCUGCGAGCAAGCAGAUAUCGGGAAGCAUGCUUGUUUAAAAGGCUAUACACAAUACAUCACUGAACCUGAUACAUUAUAUUUUUAUCCUUUAUUAGAUGAUGGAGUGACCGCAGUAAAAAACAAAGUGUCAAACAUAAAUAAAAAACAAAUAGUAACAAGGCAAUCAUACAAGAAAAAUACAGAUUUGGUUACGACGAUAGACUUAUCUGAGCAAAAUUCUUGUGAGAAACGAAGAAAUUCAGAUGAAGGCUUAAAAACAAAACUUAAUCAUGAUGAUGAAAAAUCUCUCAUUUUAGCGGUCCACUUACGAGAACCUCUUUGGAAUUAUAAACUUCCAUUAUCACAACGUAACAUAAAAAUUACAAGAAAUUUAUGGGAAGAAGUAGCAAAUGUUUUAAAUGGGAAAAUGACAGCCAAUGAAGCUAAAACAAAAUUUAAAAGCUUACAUGAUACAUACCGACGAAUAAUUAGAUUAGAAACUAGCGCCAGUGGAUCUGCUCGAAAAAAUGGAAAGAAAUGGCUUCAUUACGAUUCAAUGGAAUUUUUACGGGAUUCUUGCUUGUUGAAAACCACCGUGAGUAAUAUUGAUAUAGAUGAUUUUGAAGAUAAUGGUGAAAACAUUGAAUCAAAUAAUGGGCCCAACAGUAAAAAACAGAAGAGUAAUUUGGAGAAGUCUGUCAGCGCAAUAGACAAAAUUGCAAACGCAUUGUGCGACAAUAACGACAUAUCUAUUAAUCUUCCGCCUAUUCCAGUUCCAGAUGAAAUCGAAGCUUUUUUGUCAAUGUUAGGAUGCCAGCUGCGAGAAUUGCCGUUACGUAAACGGCGAGAAAUAAUGAAAAAAUUUUUAGAUAUAAUGUACGAUGUUUUGGUAAGACAGCCGUAAUUUUUAUUUAUUAUUAGAGUAAAAAGACUCGUAUAAUUGCUGGACAAAUUAAACAGACUCAUGGCUUAUUUCGAGCUUAUAAA